AUGAAUGUUGUUACUUUGAGGAGUGGAAAGCAAUUGGAAGAUCCUCCUACCAAGGAGCCAUCAAAGGAGGUCAUUGAAAAAGUAGGUGAAGGUGAGAAGGAGAUCGAUAGUGCUAAGGUCGAGGAUGAAUCAAAGGAAGCAACUCCAAAGCCGCUUGCUCCGUAUGUGCCUAAAGUUCCUUUUCCUCAAAGGUUAGCCCAAGCUAAACUUGAGAAAACGUACGGUAAAUUUCUUGACAUCCUGAAAAAGCUUCAUAUAAAUAUUUCGUUUUUAGAUGCUAUAUCCGAGAUGCCUUCAUAUGCUAAAUUUUUAAAGGAUAUGCUUUCUAACAAGAAAAAGUUAGAAGAGAAUGCUACAGUUGCUUUGAAUGUAGAGUGCAGUGCUAUUUUGCAGAACACUCUCCCUAAGAAAUUAGGCGAUCUAGGUAGCUAUUCAAUUCCAGUGAAGCUUUGGGAUAUUGAAAUUAACAGGGCACUAUGCGAUCUUGGUGCAAGUGUGAGUCUCAUGCCACUGUCCAUUUGUAAGAAGCUGCAAAUGGGUGAACUCAAACCCACACGCAUAUCCUUGCAACUUGCAGACAGGUCAGUAAAGUUUCCUUUGGGUGUACUUGAGGAUGUACCUCUUCGUGUAGGUAAGUUUUUCAUACCUUGUGAUUUUGUUGUGAUGGAAAUGGAGGAAGAUGUAAAUGUUUCGAUUAUUCUUGGUAGACCUUUCUUAGCUACUGCAGGUGCAAUCAUUGACAUGAAAAACGGUAAGAUUACCUUUGAAGUUGGUGAUGAAAAAUUAGAAUACUCACUUAUGAAUGUCAUGGGUACUCCCUCCAUGGGGGAAACUGUUUGUCAGGUUGAUGUACUUGAUGAGUUGCAGAGUGAGCAGCUUCCUUUGAGCAAACCAGAUGAUGCACUCGAAACGGUGCUAGUAGGGAAGGAUGAUGAUGGAGAUUGGGAAUCAAGGGAGUAUGUCAGGUUACUAGAAGAAGCAAGGGCCAACCUAAUCGCUAAUCCAAUCAGAGAAAUACUUAGUGUAGUGAGUAUUGGGGAGAGUACUAAGCCUCCCGAGGUAGAGUUGAAACCUCUCCCUUCGAAUUUGAAAUAUGCAUAUCUUGGUCCCUAUAAUUCAUACCCUGUUAUUGUCAAUGCUGAACUCAAGGACACGGAAUUGGAGCAAUUGCUCAAUGUUCUAAAAACAUAUAAAAGUGUAAUUGGGUACUCCAUUGAUGAUAUUAAGGGUAUUAACCCUUCUUUCUGUAUGCAUAAAAUUAUUCUUGAAACGAUCAUGCCUCCUCUAUAG